AUGAAUAACCGUCGUCCUUCCGAGUCUACUUCACAAACGUCAUCAGGCGUUAAGCACCGCAACCAAUGGGAUAGUACAACUUACAGUAAUGGUCCAAAUGACAAUCGUUCGUUUACAAAACAACAAAACUGGGAAAUCAAUAGGAACAACCAAGUAGUUCAGAAGAGAAUUUAUGCAGCGAUGACGAAGCCUAGACGCCCCGUAUCAACAUUCAUAAAACCGGCAGGAAAAUCUAGUGCAGCUAACAAUCAAUCAUUGAAAGCCAAAGAAAUAUUAAAGGCCAACCAAAAGAUGGCGAUAAGAAUAAAAAAUGCCAAGUCCACAAUCGGCAAAUAA